UUUGUGUGAUUGUCUUUUAUAUGUCUAAUUUACUGCAGUUUGUCUAUUUUGAACCUGUGGUUAAAGAGUUUUCUAAUAUUUCCCUGUUCAUUUCCUUUAUUUCAGAAAAUCCAGAAAAAAGGAGGAAAGGGAAUAAAGCCUCUGCUUUCUUCAAGAGAGCAUGGAAGGCUGUGAAGCGCCCUUUCCUUUGCUGUGGCCGGAACAGAGUGGCUCCAUUUGAACCACAGUCGGAUAUCGAUGAUUGCGAGCAUCUGCCUGUUCCAGGUCCCUCCAGGACCGUCGCAGCACAUGCAGACCUUGAGCCGGUGUGGCUGCCAGGCCAGGUCUGUGAAGACCCUCAGCCGUUGAGUGUUCCGGGCCCCUCCAGGAUCAAGCAAACAGCAGAUCCGGCCCGUCCUGAGUCCUCAACGGCCCUGACAGGUCAUGUUGACACUGAGCUGGUGUGUCUGCCAGGCCAGAUCUGGGAAGAUCCUCAGCCAAUCAGUGUCCAUGGCCUCGCCAAUAUUAAGAACAUGACGGAUGCAGAUUCGGCCUGUCCUGAGUCGCCUCCGUCUGUUCAAGACCCCUCUGAUAUUGAUGGGACUGAUGAAAAACCCAAGAAAGGAAGGAAAGGGAAAAGAGUCUCUGCUUUCUUCAAGAGAGUAUGGAAGGCUGCAACGUGCCCUUUCCUGUGCUGUGACACCGAUGUAGUCCAGCAUCUUACACCACAACCUGAACCUGAACCUGAGCCAGAGCCAGAGUCAGAGUCAGAUUCCGAGUCCGAGUCCGAGCCUGAGCCUGAGUCAGCGCCAAAAUCCGAGUCCGAGCCCGAGCUCCGGCCAGAGUCUGAGCCAGGGCUGGAGAAUGAAGCUGAUCCUGAGGCAGUGCCUGCUGAAAUUAUGCCUGAAAUCGCAGAACCCGCUGACCCUGAGAUUUGA